AUGUCAUCAUCAUCGACAUCAACAACACCUCGGUCUUCUCUACCAGUCUUUUUGUACAUUCCCAAUCUGUUGGGCUAUGCUCGGAUAGUCUUGUCUUUUUAUGCCAUGUACUUGAGCGAUCGAUUCCCACGACAAACCGUUGUGGUUUUUACAUUGUCGGGCAGUCUGGACUUGUUCGACGGCAUGUUGGCCAGAGCAUUGAAUCAAACAUCGUCGUUGGGAGUCUUGGUCGAUAUCGCGGCCGACAAUAUCAUGAGGACCUGUUCGUGGAUGGCAGCGGCGUCUUGUCCGGACGCAUCGGCAGGGCUGAAAACGGUCGCCUCCAUAAUUGUGUGUGUGGAAUGGAUGACCAUGUUGGCGACCCAGCUGCAUGCGGGAGUGCACGGCCAACAUUGGAAAGAGUCGCGAGAACACGAUCCUUGGUUGGUGCGGGCUCUCUUUGCCAAUAACUUUCGCAAUCCAAUUGGUAUCCUAUCCAUUUAUGGAUUGUUCACGGCCAAUUUGUUUUCCUAUGGAUACCAUCAUCCAGCGGAAUUGAGAGAUACGGUUCCCUUUUUCUAUGCUUUCUUCUAUCUGGCAUAUGUGGGAAGGGCACUCAGCUUGGUGGUGGAGCUAUGGAUGAUUCGAAAUUAUCUAGUGCUCGUCGUGGCCAAAGAUACUCAACAACAACACGCGGAAAAGAAGGAUUAA